AUGAAAUUUUUACAACUUCCAGAAUUCCUUGAAGAAGUUUUCAAAUAUUUAGACAACAAAUCAUUAUACAAAUGUUUAUUCGUAAAUCGAUUUUGGUCUCAAAAUGUUGUUGGAAUUUUUUGGAGAAAUCCUUUUAGAAAUUAUAGUCAUUUUACCGAAGAAAAUGGAAUUAAUUCUAAUUAUGAUUUUGAGAAUAAUAUCUUUCGGGAAAUUUGGAAAAUGUUAAUGAUUCAAUGUUCCCCAUUUAAAAGUAUUGCAAUGAUAUCUUUGGAUCAUCGAGGUUUUAAUGAAUUAAUUAAUAAUCCUGAUGAUUUAUUUAUUUCAACAAUAACAACAAAUAAACUUUUUGAAAGAUUAGAUUUAUUUCAUUCAUAUUGUAUUCCUUCCGAAAUAAUUAAUCGUUUUACUCAAAUUUCUACCCAAUUUACUAAAUUGAGAGUAACGACGACGACGACGAAUUUAGAUAAAGAUAAAAAUAAAAAUUCUGGAAUGGAUUUACUUUUAUCAUUACAAAAGAAUCUUAAAAAUGUGGCAAUAAUUAAUUGUUCUAAUUUAUCUAAAAUUUUACAAAUAUUAAAUGACAAACAUUCAUCAUCAUUAAUAGAUUUAACAAUCGAAGAAAAAGAAUUUGAUUCAACUCCUGUAUUUUCAAGUCAUAUCUUAGAUAAAUUAUUAUAUACAUCUUAUAAACAUCUUGUAAUUUUGGAUUUAGAAAUUCAUUCACCUCACAUAAAACAAUUUAUUAAAUUAAUUGAAAAUACCAAUAAUAAUCUUGUUCAUUUACGUCUUUUUUGGUAUUAUCAUAAAGAUCCGGAGAAUCUUAUGAAUUUAACUUUAACCAUAACACAAUAUUGUACGAAAUUAACUUUACUAAUAUUUAAAUUAUCCAAAGAAACGAUUCAUCUAUUACCAACAAUUUUUGAAUCAUUAAAUUUAUUAAUAGAUGUUACCUUUUAUAAUGCAUCAAAUGAUUCUACAUAUGUUUAUGAUUUAGAAACCAUUUUACCUGAAUGUGGAAUGAUAUUACCAUUGACAUUAAAAUAUUUAGGGUUAUCAUUAACUUGGACAAUCUCUUCUCAAGGUUUAGAAAGGUUCUUUAAAAAUGCCGAGAAAGUGAAUAUCAAAGAUUUAUAUUUAGAAAUUGAUUGUUUAAAUGAAGAAGAUUUAAAUAAAGAAGAAUUUUUAGAUAUUUUUGAUCAUUAUGUAAAUAAAGGUGUUGGUACUUUUAAACAAGUAAGAGUUGGUAUGAAACCUGAAAAUUAUUUUGCUCAUGAUAUUAAAAUAGAUGAUACUCAUCGCAUCAAGAGAGCACCACCUUGUGAUUAUUGUGAAAAUGAAUUUUCAUUAGAAAUAGAAGGAAAUUCAGGAACUUCAAGGAUUUAUCGAUUUUAG